CAAAAAAAUAAUCGCAUAAACAAGCAAAAUAGAACCCAUCUUCACUUUGAUUCAAAAAACAAAAGCAUGGAAAAUUCUCACUUUGAUUCAUCUUCCAUCAUGAAUGAUUUACCUUUGCAUCUUCUCGACGAGAUUCUCUUCAAAUUAGAACCCAAAUCUAUGGCGAUGAUGCGAUGUACGAACAAAUCUUUCAAAUCGUAUUUAACUGACCCAAGAUUUGGACCUCAAUACCCUUCAUGGGUCAGAUCUAGUUUGUUUAACGUUAGUAGCUAUGGCGGAGGUUAUGUAUGCUGCCAACCUUUGGUCUCUUCAUGCGAUUAUAUGUCACCGGGAAAUGGAGCAGAGCUGAUUAGUGAGCUAUGUUACUUUUUCGGUUCAUGCUCCGGUCUUCUCCUAUUGUACAUCGGUUGCCUCUUUGUCGCAAAUCCCUUAACAAAAAGGUUUCGAAUCUUGGAUCACUCUGGAUCAAAGCUUAUACCUAAGAUAGUUGGUGGUGAGAUUAAAAGUUUUAACGAUGCUAAUAUUCCUGGAAGUAAUGUUUAUUGUACGGAAAGAGCGAUGUGUGUUGGAUUUGCGGUAAAUCGAAAUCGAACCACCAAGAGAUUCAAGAUCGUCUGCAUACUCGAGAUGGAAACGGUAUACGGAUUCGAGAUCAGCGAUGGAGAUUCUUGGAGAUUGUCGGAAACGACAAUCACCACUAGCUCAAAAAGUGAUCUCACAACGCGAAUGAAACCUGCUUACUUGGACAACACUCUUCACUGGUUGAGAAACGAUGGGAGCAUUAUAUCUUUUAAUCCCGAGACAGAGCAAGCAUGUUUGAUUUCUUCCAUAUUUCAUCGGGAACCGGAUACGAAACUACUUUUCGCGGAAAGCAUUAAAAUCAAUCGUCUGACCUUAAUUUCGGGGACGAUAGAAACAAUCUCCGUUUACACACUUGUCGGGAAUCACAAAUGGGCACUCACAAGGCGGAUCAAGAACAUAUCUAUCGAGGAAAACACGCUUGAAUGUUGGAACAUAGUUGCGUACGAUGGCAAGUGUCUUGUGGUGAGGGUGAAAAAGAGGGGAUUAGAAUCUUUUGAAGGUGUGAUUCAUGUGUACGACAUGGAAGCUAACAGUUGGGGAGUUUUGGGGUCAACCACUAUUUGGGCCUCUUGCGUCCGAGAUUUUUAUAAAUUUACGCCCUCCUUGUUCUCUGUAGAGGAGGAUGAGCAACAGAAGGUGCUUGUUGCUUCUAAUGACCAACGCAUCUCCUAUCUAAUUGCCAUUAUGGGACUCAUUGAUACCACCAAGUAAACAAUCUUCUCAUGCUUUAGUUAUUUGGUGUCUAUAGAUUAUACAAAAAAAAUAUCCUGAUUUAU